UAGCAACUGUCCAAGUAGUUCAUUCUAACGCCGGUCUUAUUUACGGAUUCCCACAGAGGCAAUACGCUACAAAAAGCUACUACACGUAACAUUUACGACGACUGCAUUUUCGUGGAAACAGGGUAGUUCGCGGAAGAAAGAAAUAAGAUUUUGUGGUCCAACAGAAACAUGCGUGGAAUUUUGACGAAUUAUGAUUGAUAUUUGUGGUGAAAGCACAACGUAAAGUUUUGAAGCUGUCUACAAUUUGAUUAGUUGGGCAGUAAUGGGUUCAUUCGACUACAGGUAAAGAGUAGCUUCUGGUAGCUUAAAGCUAUGGGUUGCGGAGCUUCCAAAGUAACGCCACAAACUGAAGAAUUCGAAGAAGAUAAACCACUUCACGCCAACGGACGAAACCGCAACAAACAUGAGUCGUUAUCAAAUGGGCAUGCACACUUGCCUAAUGGCAAGGCAACUGCCACAGGAUUAGCAAAUACUGAGAAAAACGGGGAUGUAAAUCACAACUCACUAGUAAAAAAAGAUACUGAUUAUUCAAAUGGUGACGUUUUGAACAAACCCGCUCAAGAACCACAACAUUCUCAGAACGGUAAGUAGAUCACAGUAACAAAUUGAAGCGCCCUAAUAAAAUACUGGAGCUAGAGUUAAGCUCAUAAUCCUUUAGUCUUAAUUUUUACUCAGGCAAAUGACAACAGAAAGCGCUUUAUCUACGCAACUAUGCAAGUUACCAUUUGUUGAUAUAUCACAAUUCGUGGUGAAAAAUACCUUGAGGGUUUGAUUUAAUUAAACAUUACGCUGUACACCCGCUGUGCGAUCGAUCCAACUUAACAACUUUCAUGUUUGUGUAUCUAAAAUUCAUCACCUGUGAAAUCAAAUUUUACACAUUUCCAUUACAUUUGUUUGAAUAUUUCGUUGAGUGCAAACAUACUUAUGUACUUAGCCGGUGAAUUCUUUAUGGUAAGAACUAUUUGCCUUGCAAUGAACUGUCAUUUGGGAUAAUAUGUGUAUGUUGAGACAAUAAUGUUUCUUCGGUUGGAUAACAUUGCUUAAUAAGUUCAUAUUACCCGCACUUAGACUGUGAUGAACAUUCGUUAAGUCCUUAACAUUUCGACGAAAAUUUUUCCUUGAACACGUCUUACGAACACGGAUGUAAUCACGUUUUAUAUUUACUCCUAACUAAAUUUCGCUGGCUUUUAAUCGAAAUGUUCCGCUCUCCUAUGUACUCACAGUAACAUUCGCAAUAAUUUAUUCAGUUUAAUUAAAAAAGAUGAGCAAUUCAAAACGAUGAGGAGGAAAAAACAUGGUGAUAUAUAGAAUAAGACAGAUGGUAAGUUUUGAGCUCGGUAAAGAAAUAUAGAAAGAUGUUUUUCGUCUCGUCACGAGCGUGGGACAAAGAAAAAAAAUUGAGGUUCGAUUCUUCAUGGGGCUCAAAAUUUUUUUUUUCUUUUUCCCACGCUUGUGACAAGACGAAAAAAAAACAGUGAUAUUUCAUACAAAGUUAACAACCUGCUAUUAUUUCUUUCUCUAGAGGAGAACCCCAGUGACAACACACAGCCUCAAGUUUCCAAAGCAGUGGCGUUUGAUAUUGUGCUUGGACAAAAUGAUUCUGAUAAAGUUUCGACUGGACUGAUGCCAAACCGACCGCCUCGUCGUUUACAGGUGGGUAGUUCCAUGUGGCAAUGAUAUUUUGCUGUUUAUGCUUUACUUGAUAAAUAUCUUCUGAAUUAAAAAGUGAAAUAAAUAAAACUCUUCCUUCAACAGAAAAUUGAGAGCGCACCAGUUUUGACAAGAGAAGCAUUAGCACAAAGACAAGCUGCAGCAGAAUUAAACAGGCAAAAGGUAAUACACUUUCCGAUACAAACUAGUAUUUUAAUCCUCUAACUAGAGGGGAGAAUUAACGAUCAAAUCGUGGAAACUGCUAGACAUUUCCUUAUAAAUUAGUUACAAGCAUUUGGUUUUAGAUUAAGACAACAACUUCUACCUGAUAAGUUAUAGCAUUCUCAUUACCCAUUUGCUGGAUUAUAUAUAGAUAUCUUAGGAAGAAGUUACUUGUUAAUCACCUCUGGGAGUUAAAAGGGUCAAUAUUACUUAGUGACUGCUCCAUUGAUUCGUAGAAAUUUUACUGUGAAAAUCUAAUUUACAGUAGGGAGGAAAGGGAAAGGGAAAGGACACAUCCUGUGCAACCUUUACUGGCAUGUGCCUCCCUACCCCACCCCCCACACACACACACCAAGGGUUUCUUUUUUUUCCCGUUAGGUUGUUCUGGUUAGAAAACGAGUGUAAACAAUCACAUAUAAUUUUCAAGGGACUACAAGAGAGUGCAGAUAUAUUUGUCUUUUCAAGUCCAAAUGCGUAGAGUAAUUGAACUGUGACAAUAUUUUUGUUUAGAUAUUUUGUUUGAAACUACUUAUUUUGCAGUCUUGAUUGUAAAUGCAGCAGAGAAAACUUGCUUUUACAAGAGAAAUUUAAGAAUGCAAAAUAUCUAUUUGGAGAAAUGUCCCUCCCCUCCCUCAAUCUAAAGAAAUGGGCCCCAGGCAUGCUCUUGCCUGAAAUGGGAUCAAAAGACACACCUGUGCUAAAAAUUAGUUGAGAGAAAUUAUUAAGUUUUUUUUUACGUAAUUUUACAAUAGGAGUUGCAGAAGAAAGUCAAAGUUAUGUCUAGAAGACGAACAGAACUUCUCAUGGCAAGAGAAAUGGACAAAGCCCAACAACAGAAGGCAGAGGUAACAUGAUCAAAUGUGAUUAACCCUUUAUGCCCUGAGUGUGAUAAAAAUCUAGUUUCUCCCAACAGUAUUGCAACUGAAUCAAACCUUAAGGCCAUGAGAAAAAAGGAAAUGAUUGUAAACUUAAGAAGCUCUUGAUUGUUUGACAAAUUCUCCUUGUAAGAAACAUAGGAAAUGUGAAGAGAACAGUAUGAAGAAAAUUCAUACUGAUGUUAGGGUGUAAAGGAUCAACCCAUGAAACAUUUAUGUCUACAAGUAAAAACUUCUUCAAGUUUUUGGAACCAAAACUUUUAAAAUUUUUUUUUUUUUUUAUCGUGAUGACCCUACAGUUAGAGGAAAAACUGACAAUGUCAGACAGAAACAGAGAAAAACACCAAGCUGAAAUCAAAGCCAAACAGAGAAGAAGAGAAGAAAAGGCAAAAAGAGUACGCAAUAAAGCUAAGCAGAUCCAAGAAGGCGAUGAUGUAGUUGGCCUUGCUGUGGAUCAUGAUGAAACAUAUAAUGCAGAUGAAGAAGGUAAAAGUACUGGGCUCAGUUGUAUAAAAGGCGGAUAAUACUAUCCAAUGGAUAAGUGAUGGCAAAACAUUGAGUGUUAUCCACUGGAUAAAGUUUUAUCCAAUGGAUAGGGUUAUCCAACCUUCGAAAAACUGGGGCCUGUAAAAUAGCAAAUUUUAAAUGAGCAUAAAAGUAAUCACAAUUGCCAAUCACAAGAAAGCAAGUCAGUGAGAGGUUUGCAAGGAGUCUGGCACUGAUAGUUAGUGCCACAAACAAAGAAAACUGAGUGGAGAAAUGUGCUUCUUGCAGCACUUAUAAUGAGGCAUUAUAAUGAGGCAUUAUAUAUAAAACAGCUAGGCACCAAUGUUUUCCUGCAAUUUUUUUGUUAUGAUUGAACACUAAAUUAAAUUUUUUUUUUGAAUAGAUGAGUCCUGGGAUGUUGACACCUCUCACCAAAACAGUAGAAGUAGUAAUCUUUACGGCAAAAACAGUUUGCCAGUGUUAGAUAACAGUAAAGAAGAAUCAGAUGAAAUACAGAACAAUGAAAAUACAACAAAUGAACAGGAGAAUCUCAGAGAUGUACAUGACUUCUUUGAUUCCUGACACCAACAACAAGAUGUACAAUUAAUUUUUCAAUCAAAUCAACUUCAGAGCACCUCCACAGAUUCUACUAAAUAAAUUAAUUUGAACAGGUAGAUAGAAAAAAUUCCUGCAAGUAUAACAGCCUAUGAACUUUGCGUCUCAAUUUCCAGCAUUUUCUUCUGUGUGAUUUUUCCUACCUCAGGGAAGAAGUGUAGACCCAGUUCUCAAAGAGCAGCUGCUUAGCAAACCUCUUGCCUUUUAAGGACCACA